UCAUCUACUCUGACUUGACCCUGUAAAGAAAGAAAGAAAGAGAGAGAGAAAGAGCAAAGCAAGACAGCGUAUAAAAACGUUGAGCUAAUCAACUAAAGAGAGGGACCAGCCCGCCAUUAAUGCAAGUCACCCCCACCUUCUCAUCCCUCUGCCUCUGCCUCUGCCUCUGCCUCUCUCUUAUAUGUACACCAGUCAAAGCCACGUUUUAGCUUGAAACUUCCUUCAAGCUCUCUCUCUAAAAGCUUCUCAGCCACCAAACUUAGUUUUGAAACCAUCUCUGUCUCUGUAAAAAGUGGCAAAGGCUUCACUUAAAAGAGGAAGGAAAAUCAAAAGGGUAGUUAGUUUUCAUGGGGGUUUGCUUGAGUGCUCGGAUUAAAGCUGAGAGCCCAUGUACCACAGGGGCAAAUUCAAAAUAUGUUAGCACGGAUGGGAAUGAUUUUAGCAGUACGAGUAGCAAGGUCUCAUCAUUUUCAGUGCCUCAGACUCCUCGGAGUGAGGGUGAGAUCUUGCAGGCGACCAAUGUGAAGAGCUUUAGUUUUGCCGAACUCAAAACGUCCACCAGGAAUUUCCGUCCUGAUAGUGUGUUAGGGGAAGGUGGUUUUGGUUCAGUUUUUAAGGGAUGGAUUGAUGAGAAUACAUUUGCUGCAGCCAAGCCUGGGACUGGCAUUAUUAUAGCUGUGAAAAGGCUUAAUCAAGAAAGUUUCCAAGGUCAUAAGGAGUGGUUGGCAGAAGUGAAUUAUCUGGGACAGCUUUCUCAUCCUCAUCUUGUGAAGUUGAUUGGAUAUUGCUUGGAAGAUGAACACCGACUACUGGUGUAUGAGUUCAUGCCUCGAGGCAGCUUGGAAAAUCAUUUAUUCAGGAGAGGUUCUUAUUUCCAACCUCUUUCUUGGAGCCUCCGCUUGAAAGUGGCUCUCGGUGCUGCAAAGGGGCUUGCUUUUCUGCAUAGUGCUGAAACAAAAGUGAUAUAUCGAGAUUUCAAGACUUCUAAUAUUCUUCUUGAUUCGAGCUACAAUGCAAAGCUUUCUGAUUUUGGGUUGGCCAAGGAUGGACCGACAGGUGAUAAAAGUCAUGUCUCUACCAGGGUUAUGGGGACCUACGGAUAUGCUGCUCCAGAGUAUUUAGCCACAGGUCAUCUUACUACAAGAAGUGAUGUAUAUAGUUAUGGGGUUGUCCUAUUAGAAAUGUUGUCUGGCCGGAGAGCAGUUGAUAAGAAUCGACCAUCUGGAGAGCACAAUCUGGUGGAAUGGGCUAAACCCUAUCUGGCAAACAAACGUAAGAUCUUCAGAAUCCUUGACAACCGUCUUGAAGGCCAAUAUACAAUGGAUGGAGCCUAUAAGGCAGCAACCCUUGCAUUACGAUGCUUAUCCAUGGAAGCCAAGUUCAGGCCGACCAUGGAUGAGGUUGUAACAGCAUUGGAGCAGCUACAGGAAUCAAACGACACUAGAGUUCCUCAGAGCAAUUUGAGUAAUGGAGCCAGGGUUCGAAGACGAAGUGCAGAUGAUGCUCAUAGGGGAAGGAUACCAGCUGCUUACCCUCGGCCCUCUGCUUCCCCUCUUUAUGCUUGAAAAUGGAAUAGCAGAAUUUAACAACAGCUGCUUCUCAUUCUACUAAAAAUACCAUUGCAAGGUGGUUUGGUGUCAAUCUAUGAUCUUGACUAAAAAUACCUUUGCGAUGUGGUUUGGUGUCAAUCUAAAAAUCUUGAGCACAUACGUAUAUUUGUCCAAUAACUGUACAGUUCAUAUUUUGGCUAAUGCAUUCUAAAAUUCAGCUUUCUGUUGAGGAUGUCCUGAUGAGCUUGUAUCAUGAAAGAAUGUCACAAUAUUGUUUGUCUUUACACAUAUGUUUGUAACAUUUGGAAACAGCUUGGAAAAUAGGGAUGCAUGUGCUGUUGCAUGA